GGGAGGCGGGAGCCAGAAACCGAGAGCGCCAAGGGCAGGCGCGGGCUGGCUGCGGGGUCCUCGACAGCUCCGGCGACGCGGCUGGGGCGCAAGAGGUAUGCAGAGAGAAGCAUUGGAUCCUGAGUGGAGGGGCAACUGUUAGCACUGGACACUGCAAACCAAGCCUUUCUGAGUGGAGGUCCCUGCGAGAACACAGGCUCAUGUCUCCCCUUCCCCCCCCCCCACACCCAAAGCGCAUUCCCAUCACCUCCGACCUGCACACUUCCGGCAAGCAUAGCUAGAUCUCGGAGGAGGCCGCCCCAGACAUUCCUGCUGAUGCCUGUCUGAUCCUGCCUUCUGUGAAGCAUGGCCCCCACGGGAUUACGGGACAAAUCAUAGACCCUGAGCCACACCUGCUCGGAGAGGCGCACUUCACAGCCUCCCUUGGCUCCAGCUGCUGCCAAGCCUCGGGACUCCCAUCCCCGCAAUGCCUUCAGGAGCCAUGGCCACCACUGUAUGAGGUCCUUCCUGAGCAGGACUUGACCUUGCUACCCAGCAAGGCUCUGGAGUGACCUCCACUGCUUCCCAUGCCUGGCAACCAGGGCAGACUAGAGAAUGUCUGUGCCACGGAUCCAGGUGGAAGAAGUGGGUGAGAAAGACAGGCUGGCAGGAGCAGCCGCACCUCCCGAUGACCACCUACUCAGCCUGAAGGCCCUCACUGAGAAACUGAGGCUAGAGACCCGAAGACCCUCCUACCUGGAAUGGCAGGCCAGGCUAGAGGAGCAGACGUGGCCUUUCCCAAAGUCAGCUGCCCCACAAGAGGCAGGCUUGGAACAGGGAGCCUGUGGAGAUGGAGUGCCAUCAGUCCCUCUGAGGGAAUCCAGAGAGCUGCUCCCACUUCCCAGGAGCGCCAGCAGGGGCGACGGACCUCUGACCACAGGCAAGCUGGAAGGCUUCCGGAGUAUCGAUGAGGCCAUAACCUGGGUCAGAAAGGAACUGGCAGAGAUGCGGCUCCAGGACCAGCAGCUGGCCAGGCAGCUCAUGCGCCUCCGUGGAGACAUCAACAAGCUGAAGAUUGAGCAGACCUGCCGCCUGCACAGGAGAAUGCUCAACGAUGCUGCCUACGAGCUGGAGGAGCGUGAUGAGCUGUCCGACCUCUUCUGUGACUCCCCCCUGGCAUCCUCCUUCAGCCUUUCCACACCGCUCAAGCUCAUUGGUGUCACCAAAAUGAACAUCAACUCCAGAAGGUUCUCUCUCUGCUGA